AUGUCUGGUCGUGGAAAAGGUGGCAAAGGACUUGGGAAAGGAGGAGCAAAACGUCAUCGUAAAAUCCUUCGUGAUAAUAUUCAGGGUAUUACCAAACCGGCUAUCCGUAGGUUGGCCAGACGUGGCGGGGUAAAACGCAUCUCAGGACUCAUCUACGAAGAAACGCGUGGUGUUUUGAAAGUAUUUUUAGAGAAUGUCAUACGGGAUGCAGUUACAUAUACAGAACACGCUAAAAGAAAGACUGUAACUUCGCUCGAUGUCG